CACACAUAACAUCCGAAAGACUCGCUCCCAUCGUUGUACUCUGUCAUCCGACACUAACCGAGACCAGCUGACGGAAGCGGAAGCUCCGCACACACACGCACGUACUACUACUACUACUCAUUCGCACACACCGGCAAGGAAACUCGUCACGCGAGAGAGGAAGGAAGGAAGGAAGGAAGAGAGAGAGAGAGAGAGAGAGAGACGCGACCGCCUUUGUUAAGAAGAAAGACGCUUCGACAUCUCCACAUCAUACGACAAGCAUGCUCGUGUCGACAUUCACGCUUCACCGCUGUCUCCUGCUCGCUCUCCUAUUCACGGGAGGUCUAGGCGGCCAGACACGCACACUACGGUCCGCUAAGACGUCCGCACGACCCGCCGUCGGCAGUAGCGACGACACGGUCGUCUAUCGCGCCGUCGACGUCCUUCAGCCGACGACGAACUCAUCCGUGUUUCACCUCAGGCAGCUGAGUCGCGGCGGAGAGCUACUGCGCAUGCUAUACGCUGCCGACGGCAUGCUGGCCGACUGCGUGUGGUCGCGCGAGGCCGACGACGUCGCCGAAUUCACGGGCCGCUUUGACGCGACGCACGCCGACAACGCCAAUGCCGCCACGGUCGCCGACGACGACGACGACGCGACGCCGAACGUCAAUUUCGACUCGGCAAAAAAAGAAUGUCUGUCUCUGCACAAGAUGGACGGCGUUGCUGCCGACGACGUCUCGCGCAUGCGCAGUAACCACGUGCGUCGCCGACGAGCCGUCCUCUACCCGGGAACGAACUGGUGCGGACGCGGUAACCAGGCGCGCAACUUCAACGACCUGGGAAGGGAGGAGCACGCCGACAGAUGCUGCCGACAACACGACCACUGUCCGACGACGAUCAGGAGUCUGUCGUCGCGCUACAACUACUUCAACUAUCGUCUGCACACGAUCAGCCACUGCGAGUGCGACAACACGUACGUGUUCAUAAGCAUCCUCACCUUUUCACCACAGCAGCAUCCUCAUCCUCAGCAGCAAAUCUGCAUCCUCAGCAGCAAUCCUCACCUUCAGGCAGCAUGCCUCACCGCUCAGCAGCAUCCAUCACCUCAGCAAGCAUUCCUCAUCCUCAGCAGCAUCCUUUCAUCCUCAAGCAGCAUCCUCGAUCCUCAAAGCAGCAUCCACUCAUCCUCAGUCAGCAUCCUCCUUACAUAUACAGCAGCAAUCCUCAUCCGUGCAGCAACGCAUCCUCAUCCUAGCAGCAUCGCAUCAUCCUCCGACAGCAUUCUCAUCCUCAGCAGGCAUCCUCAUCCUCAAGCAGCAUCCCGUCAUCUUCAGCAGCUCCCCACCCUCAGCAAGGCAUUCUCAUCCUCAGCAGCAUCCUCCAUCCUCAGCAGCAUCCUCAUCCAGCAGCAUCCUGCAAUCCUCAGCACAUCCUGCUUCCAUCAGCAGCAUCCUCAUCCUCAGCAGCAAAUCCUCAUGCCUCAGCAGGAUCCGUCACUCCUCCAGCAGCAUCCUCAUGCCAGCAGCAUCCUUUUUACAACGAUAGCGCUGCAGUCUGUAGGCCUGUCCGUGGGGAACAUUGCCGGCAUAAGGACAUUCAGAGUUCUCAGGGCUUUGAAAACCGUUUCCAUAGUGCCAGCCUCACCAAGGUCACCAAUUCAGAAUGACAGUCAGCAAGCUGAAGCGCCGGAGUCAGCUGCUCAGCUGAACACUGUAAAACUGAAGCCAAGGGUUGAAAAACCUAAACUGCCUGUGUUUUGUGGGGAUGUUCGGGAAUACUGGACGUUCAGAGAAGAUUUCAAACACAUGGUGGACCCAUUGUAUGAUCCCAGAGUUGGAUGCCACAACAUAUUAAAGCAAGUGGGUAAAGAAUCAGACCUCAACAACAACCACAUGCUGGCGAUAAUUGAGAUGAAGCUGACAGCUGAUGACAGAAAGGUGUAUGCUAGGCAUCUACAGCAAAAGAAGGAGGAAGCUUCUCUUCAAGGGCUCCUUAGCUUCCUGACUGAGGAGAUGAAAGCUCGAAUGAGAGCCACCGCUCCAGUAAGAAACAAUCCACCUCAGGGCAAGGUCAAUUUGACCCAGCAGCGAGGCAGUGCUCCAGGCAGUUACCCCAACAGAUCGGUUCCGUGGAAGAAGUGCUGGGGUUGUGAGUCGAAUGAUCAUUGGCCAGACCAGUGCACAGUUAUCCAAGGCCUAACUAUUGACGCCCGUUUGGAAAUGGCUAAAGAGAAGCAUGCCUGCUUUAGCUGUUUGAAGAGAGCUGGACGAGAGCACUCCAUGAGGACCUGCCACCGACGUAAACAGUGCAUCAAAGAAAACUGCCCGUCUUAUCAUCAUGUGCUUCUUCAUCGAAUGUCAGGAGGAAAUAUAGUAGCAAUGGCCUCAGAGGAAAAUGAUGUGGCUUUGCCAAUUAUAACGGCAAGAGUUGGCACCCCGGGGAAAACUGUCGUAGGGAACAUCAUGAUGGAUUCCGGGGCGAAUGUGACGUUGGUCAGAGGAGCUGUUGCAGAGCAACUUGGCCUGAAAGGAAAGUCUAUAAGCGUCGACAUCGGUACAUUAGGUGGGGAUGUUCAAGCUUAUCAGACCAAAGUCUAUAAACUGAGGAUAUUCGGCGACAAGAAAGUGCACACUAUAUUAGCUGUUGGUGUGCCAGAGAUAACAAAUGUGUUGGGACAUUCACUGAACAGAGGAAAUGGUGCAGUCGACGUGUUGAUUGGAGUGGACUACCCAGCCAUGCACGCAGGAGAGACAAAGGAGGUGGAUGGGUACCUACUCAGAAAGUCACCAUUGGGUUGGUUAACUUUUGGUUCAUCCAGAGGUUAUCGGCAACCAACAACAACUGUGCUCCACGUAAAUGUGACGGAGAUGACAGACCUUACCAAGUUCUGGUCAACUGAAGAGAUGGGAGUUAAAUUGACCAGUUGUGAAUGCAAGACUUCUGAUCAAUUGAAGCGAUCACCGAUUGAGAGACAGCAGUUCAACGACAUGUGGCAGUCCUGCGAAAAGAUAGGCAACAGAUGGAUGGUGCCUUAUCCGUGGAAAAGAGACCCAAGAGACCUUCCAGACAACAAGAAGCAGUGCAUGGCAAAGUUGGCGUCGAUGGAACAGAGACUGAUAAAAGAUGAAAGAAAUGCCAAGGUAUAUGACCAGCAAAUGAAGGAGAUGGAGGAGAAAGGGUUUGCCAGAAAAUUGAGUAACGAGGAGAUGGAGAACUAUAAGGGCCCUGUGCAUUACAUUUCUCAUCAUCCAGUGUUGCGACCUGAGAAGAAAAGCACACCAGUCCGGAUCGUAUUCAACGCAUCAGCAGCCUUCAAUGGUCAUCGGCUGAAUGACUAUUGGGAGAAGGGUCCAGACCUUCUCAAUGACAUGUUUGGUGUACUGUUACGAUUCCGACAGCAUGCAGUUGCGAUAUCGGGUGACAUUUCCAAAAUGUAUCAUCAAGUCCUAAUCCCAGAGAAGGACAAGCACGUCCACAGAUUCCUUUGGAGAAAUUAUGACGUCACAAGGGAACCCGAUGUCUACAUGAAGGAAGUUGUGACAUUUGGAGAUAAACCAGCUCCAGCUAUGGCGUUGACAGCGCUAAAGAGAACGGCAAAAGAAGGUGAGGUAGCCUGCCCAAAAGCUGCGAAGAUAAUUAACCAUGACACAUACAUGGACGACAUCUGCACAUCAGUACCUUCAACAGAGGAGGCUAGAGUAGUAAUAAACGAAAUGGAUACUGUCCUAGAAAGAGGAGGAUUCACUGUUAAAGAAUGGGUGUCCAAUGUAAGGCUGAGAAGUUACGACACACAGCAAGGUGAACGACCUGUUCUCGGUGAUUCAGAAGAGCAGAAGGUUUUAGGGAUGGUGUGGGAUCCAGAAUCCGACAGAAUGAAGUACAAGGUGAAACCAGUGUCGAUCAAAGAGAAAGAUCUCCUGACCAAGAGAAUGGUGCUGAGUGAACUUGCUAAAGUGUUUGACCCGAUUGGGUUCACGGGUGCUUUCCUUAUCAAAGGGAAAAUUCUGAUGCAGAAACUGUGGCAGUGUGGAACUGGUUGGGAUGAAGACCUUCCAGUAGAGGAGAAAGAUGAAUGGAGGAAGUUCUUUGCUGAAUUGGAGAGCCUUGAUGGCGUAUGCUUCCAGAGGUGCCUGAUGCCUGAAAGACCAAGUAAACCAGCUGAACUUGUCAUCUUUUGUGACGCAUCAGAAGAUGCAUUUGGUGCUGUUGCGUACAUGAGGUGGGAGUUGAAUGAUGGAUCGGUUGGUGUGAGGUUUAUGGCUGCAAAGUCUCGUGUAGCACCACUAC